UUUAUUAAUAUGUAACUAGUGAGUCGGUUAUAUAGCCUACACACACCUGUUCAGAUGCUGAUACUUGUCAGUGUGACUGUUGGCUGUUGCAGCUGUAGUUAGUGAAACUGGAGCUCAGGGAUUUUAUGUCUGAAUCUGUGCUGCUGAGUGUCUCUUGCUCUGUUUGGAUUAUUAACGAAUAUGCAAAUAUGGCAGCAGGAAAAGCAAAGUCCUUCCGUCGUGUUGGGAGUCUCAUGCGGAGUAAAUCUGAGGGGACGCUGAUCGAUCUGGAUGAGAGUGCCUCAGCCAGUGACAACCUGAAUGGUGGGUAUGUGACACGAAUGACACAGAACUCCAAGUGGCCACUUUUACAGCCAGAAGUCGCACUUUCCUCUCAGUCAAAAAAUCCCUUUUGGAACAAACUGUCUGCAUCAAAUCCUUUCUUAGAUGACAUCGUACACAGCAGCACAGACAAACACAUUUCCAACACAUCAAACGUAAAACAAGACAACGAAAAACAUUUGGACGCAAAUAACGAUGACGCCCUUAGCACUUCUUCAGAUGAAGGCAACGUGGGCAACUUUUUGGAGAGCGAAAACAAAGUCAGCAACAAAUCUGGGAGAUGGAGAAGUGCAUCAGACAUUCUUGGUGAUCUGGAGAGAAAAAUGCCAAAACGGGAGAACAGCUUCAAACCGCCAGGUCCGGUGCUGAACCCAGAUUUUGAGUGGCUAAAAAAUGACAGAGAGGCCUAUAAGAUGGCCUGGCUGAGCCACAGGCAGCUCACCCGCUCAUGUCUGGACUUAAAUCUGAUGAGCCAGAGUCCCGGGUGGGCUCAGACCCAGGCCACUGGCUUUCAGGUCAUCCGCAAGAUCGGUCACACUGGAGGCUCAGUACAGUUACCAGACUCAGAAAUUAGCAUCCAUAUCCCAGAGGGACAUGUUCCUGCUGGAGAAGUCCAGGAAGUUACACUGAAAGCGAUGCUAGACCCUCCGCCUGGACUCAACAACAACUAUACGACAACCAUGAGUCCACUCAUAGAGGUGGUCCUCAGCAACAUCAACACAAAGGAGCAUAUCUCUCUGGAGAUAAAACUCUCUGGAGAGGUGAAGAGUGACCCAUUAAGUCAGGUAAUGACUACUGUGGUCGGGCUGGUAUCCAACAAAAGAGAGGGACCUUAUCUUAAAGUGAACGACUGUUACAUUUACAAGAACAUGAUGCAGAUGAAGCUGCAGGACCUGAAGACACAUUUUUAUGUGAUUGCAGUCGCAGAGGCCUCUGCAAUCCAGUCCCCUGCUACAUCAGUGUGGGAUUACCUUGACCGCCAAAUCACAAUAGCAGUUUACGGCCCCAGGUACAUCCAUCCAUCAUUCAUGGUUGUAAUAGUGGUUUGCUGUCAUGAGGACGUUCCACCAAAGCUUCCGUUUUCAGUUAUCUGCAGAGGAAACAAAAACCUGCCUCCACUUGUACUGCAGCUUUGGGGAAAACACGGUUUUAAACCAGACAUAGUGAAUGACCUGCACGUCAGCAUUAACCUCACAGACUCGAUGUUUAAAAUCAAACCUGAGGACAAACUGAAAGAAGUGAGACAAAGUCAGCUCAAAAUAGGGACAGUUUUGCAUCUGCCAGUUGCAUUAUCUUGUCCUAGUAAUACAGAAAUGACUCCUUUUAAAUUAGAUCUACAAGUGAAGGAAUCAAACGCUGCAACUGUUGCACAUUUCCAGGUGCCUUCCCCUCCCACAGCACCCAUCAGAUCAGAAAAGCGAGUGCCAAGGCAGAUAGAAAGGCAGAUUGAAAUGGCAAGAACCUCACCUAUUCCUGAGGAAAGUGUUCCAGAUUUCCCCAAAUUCAAAGACAGACCUGUGAACCUACAGUGGUAUGGUGUAGCCCUGAAGUCAGUUCUCCGUCAGCCACGUGUAGAAUACCUUCUGGAGUAUUUCAAGGGGGACACUGUCGCUCUCCUAUCCAGAGAGAGUGUUAGGUCAGUGGGUAACUCAAAAGUAAAGGAGUGGUAUAUCGGAUUCCUCCGAGGCAGGACUGGUUUGGUUCACUGCAAAAACAUCAAGCUCAUAACCAGAGACCAAGUGAUCGACUUCACCAGCAUUCAAAUCACCACAGAGGUCCUCUUGGACAACAUGACGCUGCCCUUCAGGAAGCUUACUUACAUGUACUCCGCCAUCCAGACGCUGGUCACUGAACACAUAACCAGCUGGAGAGGUUUUGCUGAUGCUUUAGGGUACAGCAACCUUUCAUUGGACACCAUCACACGGAGGCACGCUGAAACUGAGGCUGAUAAAGUGGCCUGCAUACUGGAAAAGCUGAAGGAAGACUGCCAUGCUGAAAGGACCAGGAAGAAGUUUCUGCAUGAGCUCAUGGUGGGUCUGUUGAAGAUGGACUCUGUGAAUCUUGUGGCCCACCUGAUUCAGAACACAGUCAUUCUGUCCACUGCUGUGGAGCUGGGAAUUCGAUGGCGGGAGCUCGCUGAGAAGAUGGGAAAACUCUCCAGUGCUCAGAUAGCGGGCUAUGAGGCACCGCACCGAGGGAAGAGCGGAGAAGUCGGUUCCCAGUCAAUGUGGAAGCCCGCCUAUGACUUCCUGUACUCCUGGAGUCUGCGUUAUGGAGACAGCUACAGGGACAUGAUCCAGGAUCUGCACCUGGUCCUGGACAAAAUGAAAAACCCUGCCACCAGACAGUGGAGGCAGCUGACUGGUGCCCUCAUCACAGUGAACUGUCUCGACCUCUUUCGAGCCUCUGCAUACCCAAAUUCCUAAACCUUAUGCAAACGCACUCUAGUGAUGACAACAACCUCCACGCACUUGGGCAAAACAGAGACAGAGAGGUUUUGUUACAGAGUAAUAAGGUUUUGAUGUUACUUGGCUCUUUUUGUUGUCAUAUUGUUUAGCUUGCUUUGAUUUCAUACAAAUUUUUACACAAAGCAUUAGAAGCCACUUAGGUAUCAGGUACUUGAAAUAUAUGUUUAGAUCUCACUUGGUGAGUGUAAAAUAUGUUCUCACAAUUUGUGAGCUGUGAAGGAAUGUCACUUCAUCUCGAAAACAGUAGAAAAUGAAGUGUAGUUUGUCACUUUUCUCUUUACGUCUGUGCACAUAUGAUGAAGCCUUAAAGUAAAAGUUCAUUUUGGUAGAUCAUUUUCAGUCAAAUGUUUAUGAGGUCAGUAGUUCAGCUGUAUCAAUAAUCUCAACUGGUGUAUCAGCAUUUGUUUUAAUCUUUUAAUCCUUUGCCUUUUCAUAGUAGGCUAAUAUUACACAAUUCAGAUACCUUUUCAUUCUUUUAAUCAAAUACUCAAUACAUUUACUGUUUCGGCAACUCUGCAUUACCUACAGAGAAGGUUUCUAAAUUAUUAUUUAUGUAUCUAAUUAUAUUUCUUAUACUACAUUACUUAAAUCACUGACUGCAUUCAGUUCAUUUUUUGUUAGGAUCCACAUCACCUUUAUGGAUCCUGUGAAAGUUUGUAUUAGUGGGAUUUUUAGGUUUUAGUUUUCUGUAAUAUACUUUAAGUAGUUGAAUGGACAGUCAGGGAACCGAUAAAUGUGAACGCUGUUGCUAACUAACUAUUGCAGUACUGAUAGUGUAUUGAUCGUUAUUGAAGUUUGUAUGUCAAAAAUGAGAAUGUUCUACCAAAGUGAAAGUUUCCUGAUGCCAGUAAACAAACCAUAAAGAUGCUACUAUACAAGAGUCAUAAACUAUUGUUGUCUUAGAUAUUAGUGUAUUUGCUAUUUUUAUACUGUAAUGUAAUGUUUUAGAUAUGUACAAAGCAGAUCAUUUCAUAAGGUAUGCAAUGUAACGUUACAUAUUCAUUGUGUUGAUGUUUGUAUGAUCAUGUUUUUAUUGCCAAAUGGAACCUCAGUGUUCAGAGCGGUGCCAUAUACAGUACGCAGUGCCUUCAGUCACUGACAUUUUAAACAACGAUUCAUACCUUUGAUACUGAAAAGGAGAUGUGUUGCAAGAGAUAUGAAUAAAGUAAACUAUCUGAUCUAUUUGCCUUCUAAUGAAGAUACUAAUAAAUGGGGAGAUGAAAUAACUAAUAGCUAAUUUGACUGAGAGCAGUCUGUUGGUAAAAUUGUAUGUUUCAGACAAUGACAAAAACUGGCUAUACUUGUUAUUUAAAUCAUAUUGUAAUACUUAACAACAUAUGUGAUAUUAUGUGUCAGUUAAGUAGUAUUAAAUCACACCAUAGAAAAAAAUGA